AUGUCAGGCCCGCUCAUCGUCUCGCACGGCGCGAUACACCCCCGCACCUCCUCCGAGCCGAGCACGCUGGCCCUCUCCAUUGCCGACUCGUCGGUGGCCAACCUCGCCCCGACUGGCGGCACAUGGUUCUUCCACCAACCCGCAGAGCUGGGCGGGCACAUCCACCCGUCCACGCUCGCCCUGGCACUGCAGCACACGCUGGGCGCGUACGCGCACUUGUGCGGCUCGCUGUCGCUGCGUCCACCAGCGCACAUUGUCGCGGCGCACUCGGCGCGGUAUGGCCGCGUGUGGGUCCGUUUCGGGGACCACGACGACCCGGGCGUCGGGCUGACUGUUGCCUCGUGGGACCGCCCCAUGACCGACCUCUUGCCCCUCGAGCUCGAUACCGCGGUCGACUCGGCGCCUGCGUCUGCCCCGGAGCUCAUCGACGCGCGCGGCAUGGCGAGCUUGCGCGAGGGCCGGGCGGGGUACGGCGUCGUGGUGCAGAUCACGACGUUUAGCGACGGCGGACUCGUGAUCUCGGUGCUCGCGCAGCACUGCUUAAUGGACGCGCACGCCCUCGCCGUGUUUGUCAACGACUGGGCGAGGGUGCACACUGAGCAGACGCGGCAGCGCGCAGACGGGUUCCCGACCGACUUCUUCCCGCGCCGCUUGUUCAGCCCCGAGCUGCUGGACAAGCACGCAGCAGGGGACAUUGACCACGACGCGCAGGACCCAGUCAUCGUGUCCGCUGCCGACCGGCUCCCGCAGAUCAAACUCGAUUUUUGGGCACGGAGACCCGGGCAUCCGGAGGACUUGGGCCCAGUGUGGUUCAAGGCCCCGCGCGACCCGCCGCCGGGGGUGCAAGCGCUCGACGCGGCUGCGGGGCAUAGGCGCGGGCCGCGCGUACCGUGGGAGGAGUGGGACACGGGCGCGCCGGUCCUCGACCGCACGAUUGUGUUCUCGCCGCAGCAGAUCGAGCGGCUGUAUGCCGCGGUGCACGACAGCGCCGCGCCAAGCCGCGAGAGUAGCACCCAGGGCCAGGGGAGCAACGGACACCACGCAAAGGAGCACCACCGCGUCAGCCGCCUCGAUGCCGUCCUCGCGUCCGUCUGGGCGGCGAUCGUGCGCGCGCGCAACCUGCCCCCAGAAACACAGGUGUACCUCGAGACCACGCUCGGGUUACGCUCGCGUGUGAUCCCGCCGCUAGGCGAGGCGUUUGUCGGCUCGCCCAUAAUCAACUGCAGCUCGGCGCUGCCGGCCGCCGCGUUGACUCCGGGGGCUGGUGCACGCGCGAUUCGCGACACGAUUACCGAGUUCUCGCCGUCCGCUGUCGGCGCAAUGCUGCACCGCAUGGCGUUUGUGCUCGACCCGGCGCGAGAGUGGAACUGCUUCCUCGGCGAGCGGCACGUCUUGACCACCUCGUGGCUCGGCAUCGGCGCGUACGACGCCGACUUUGGCACCGGCCGCCCGGGCUACGUGCACGCUAAUAUGCCUGCGUGUGAUGGGUUGCUGGUCGCCAUGGACGUCGCGCACGCGACCAAGGGCGCCAAGUGGCACGAGAGCGGGCUCAGCGUCCGCCUCAUGCUCCGCGCUGGCGUGAUGGAGCAGGUGCUCGUGGACCAGGAGCUGCGCGGCGUGGACCUCAGUCGUGGGUAUAGAUAG